AUGAACUUGAAGAAGAUUCUCCAGGCCGGUUUAGGCGUCGUCAUCAUCCUCGUUAUACUCGUCUUCGUUAGAGAACUCGCCCGCGAAACAGGCAGCCACCCGUCUCACUCUUCCGCCAAUGCUAACCGCAAGGAAGCCCCCCAUGAGAUCAUAGAGAAACUUAAAGAGCAGGUAGCGGGCCGCGAGGCGGAAAACACGGAGAUGCAAGAUCUGGAGAAGGAGAUCCAACGGCUGAGACAAGAUAUCAGGGUUCUAUCGAGCGGCGCAGGGCUUCCGACCGGAGCGCACUUAUCGGCGACGGAUUUAAAGACUGCAGCAGAUGUAGGGGUGGAUGCCACUGCUAUAUGCGAGCAGCAGCUAUCUCACUGUAAGAGGCAGAAGCUUGAAGGUCGCUCUUUACUCUCCAGUGACCCUUCCGCUUCUGUCUCCGCGCCAACGGCGGGCGCGGAAGGGUCGGCAGCACCCGCGGGUGGCGCAGGAGGAGCGGGGGGAGCAGCGGAAGGGAGUUCCAGUGCCGCUCCGCCAGUCUCCCCCGCGGUGGCGGAGCUCCAGCGGAAGCUGGCGGAUCUACGGACGGCGUACGAUGCGAUGAUGAUUGACAAGCGCAAUCUGACGGCUGAGCUCGCGCGGCUGUCCCACAACGGCACGUGCGGGCCGCUGGUCAAUCUGACCAUGGUGGAGGGCGCGGCUCGGGACCUAGCUUCGGAAUGCGCGGAUGCCGCUAAGAAGCAGACGGAAGCGGAAAUGCAGAUAGUAACGGGGGGAGCAGGGGGAGCAGGCGGAGGGGGAGGGGGAGGGGGAGGGGGAGGGGGAGGGGGAGGGGGAGGGGGAGGGGGAGGGGGAGCGGAAGGGGGAGGAGAAACGGGAAAGAAAUUGUCUCCGCAUGAGGAAAAGCUGAUGUCGUGUCGGACGUGUAACGGAUCGGAUGAGGAGUUACAACAGUAUAUGAACUAUACUGCCAGACAGGCGUGUCCCGACGACUGGUUACUCGCUCAGCGGCUCAUGUUUGAAAAGAAUUGCUUCUGCCUGCCGCGCCGCCUCUGCUUCGCAGCCACUCCACCGCAUUACACCGAACCCAACCUUGGCCCUCCGGAUUCUCAUUUUAGUCAGGAGAUGCUGCGAGAUGAGAAUGUACGGUGGGGAUUGCACGAGUGUAAAUCGUACGCGUGUGUGAAUUCACGGGAGAAGGGGGAGUGCAGGAAUUGUUUCAACAUGAGUUUGGAGGUGAAGCGGUGGCAGACGCCAUACCUGGGCACCAUACCUAUGGCGCAGGUCUGGCAGCUCAAGCCUCCCGGCUCGCUUCGGAUUGGCCUGGAUGUGGGUGGAGGUUCGGGGAGCUUUGCAGCUCACAUGGCCCAUUACAAUGUAACCAUCCUUACAACUUCUAUGAAUAAGGAGUUCAUAGAAGGUGUAGAUGGGGGGCUGCCUUAUAUGGAGACUAUAGCGUUAAGGGGGUUGGUGCCGCUUCACGUCCCCACUAAAGCCCGGCAACCGUUUUUCGACAACACCCUCGAUAUAAUACACUCAGCUCAAAGCGUUCGUUAUUUUUCAGUUUCAGAACUGGAGGAGCUGAUGUUUGAAUGGCACCGAAUUCUUCGGCCGGGCGGCAUUAUUUGGUUUGAGCUGCUGACUGCGCCGGCAAGCAAGAUGAAGCAGUAUAUUGUGGUGAUUAACAUGUUCAAGUAUAAGCAGCUGUACUGGGAUCUUGCGCCUGUGGAUGAUCCCAAGAAGAGCAAGACCCAUGUGUACUUGAACUGUGUAUUGGAGAAGCCUAGGAAGUCGACUGCGGCUAUGGAGCGCGCAGCACUCCUCUGCAUGCUGCUCUGUGCGACACUCUUCACUGCCUGUGACGCGUCUGCCGCAUCGUUCCUCCCUCGCGACGCGGGAGCCAUUGCUGCGUCUGCCACUUCUGCCGCCUCUACCCUUCACCCCAGGCGUCAGCUGUUAAAAGGAAAAGUAAUAGCGAAAUACGCCGCCACCUUGCGUCCUACGUGGCACCAGGGGAAAGUGAUCGGCGACAAAGCGGCUUCGGGGAGAGUUGUUGCGAAGGCGGUGAAGUACACUGAAACAAGAUACACUCGGUACCCCUUCUUACAUGAGUAUUCCUGA